CAGGUAUCCUGCGACCGAAAAGCACAAGAAAUUCGUUAAUUUAGCACUGGAAGCAACUUGUUUAUCGAUUUCGUAACAGUACUGGACCUUGCCAGAAGUUAUGGUUGUUGUGCUGGAGUCAACACCCUGCCAGUAAUUUCACUCUCGUGUGUCGUGCAAAUGCAGAUGAUGGCCAAACCAGCCAGCUGAGAAGAGGACCGGGAUUUCUCUCCCUUGUCCCCGCCCCCCACCACCACCUGCAGUCAUGAAUGGGGGUCGUAGUAUUUGGGCAAUAACUCCAGAGGAGCGGGACAAACAUGACAAAAAAUUUGACACCCUCUCCCCCUCUCAGGGGUACCUGUCUGGAGAGCAGGCGCGAAAGUUCUUCCUGCAGUCAGGGCUUCCUUCCCCGGUGCUGGCCGACAUCUGGAGUCUUGCGGACAUGAAUAAGGAUGGGAAGAUGGAUCGGCUGGAGUUCUCCAUUGCUAUGAAACUGAUUAAACUCAAACUGCAGGGCCAGAGCUUACCCACCUCGCUGCCCAUGAUCAUGAAGCAGCCACCUGUGCCUGUACCCACCAUGCCAACCACACAGCUCGGAAUGGGUGCCAUGCCAAACUUAACCAUGAUGAACACAAUGCCCCUCCUCACCCCCAUGCCUAUGGGCACCCUGGGCACCAUGGCACCGAUGAUGCCUGGCACACUGGCCAUGCCAAUCAUGUCCUCCAUGACUAACCCUGCCAUGGCCAACGGGACUGUGGGCCUCCUGCAACCCACGCCUGUCCCUCUCACAAACACCAUGCCCUUGGCCGGCUCCUUCUCCUCCUCUCCUUUGGGUUUUACAUCCACGGCUGUGAACAAGUCCCCCUCAUUACUGGACCUCGGCUCCAGCAGUUCCUCUCCCUCCACCGCGUCACUCACUGGGAGCUCUCCCAAGAGCGGAGCCUCUGACUGGGCUGUUCCCCAGUCCUCGCGGCUGAAGUACCGCCAGCAGUUCAACAGCCUGGACAAACAGAUGACCGGGUUCUUAACAGGGAUUCAAGUGAGGAACGUCAUGUCUUCUUCCCUGCUCACCCACACUCAGCUGGCCACGAUUUGGAACCUGUCAGACGUGGAUAAUGACGGGAAGCUGAUGGCAGAGGAGUUUAUCCUGGCCAUGCACCUGGUGGACAUGGCCAAGGCUGGACAGCCCCUCCCCCUCUCGCUCCCGGCCGACCUGGUGCCUCCCAGCCUCAGGGGAAAGUCGGGAGACUCAUUAAAUGGAACCACUCCCUCCAUAUACGCGGGACUCACCGAGGAGUUUAAAGCUGAACCUCCACAGAAAUGUCCAGUGACUUUUGAGGACAAGUUCAAGCGGAAUCUGGAGCAGGGCAACGCGGAGCUGGAGAAGAGAAGACAGGCUCUCCUGGAGCAGCAGCGCAGGGAGGAGGAGCGGCGUGCGCAGAAACAACGGGAGGAGCAGGAGAGGAGAGAGAGGGAGGCGCGGGAGCUGGAGCUGAGGAGGAAGAGAGAGGAGGAGGAGAGAUUGGAAAGACAGAGGGAGCUGGAGAGACAGAGGGAGGAGGAGAGACUGAAAGAACUGGAGAGGAAGGAGGCUGCAAGGAAAGAGCUGGAACGCCAGAGACAGCUGGAGUGGGAGAGGAAGAAGAAACAGGAGCUCCAGAACAGGAAGAGUGAGGAGCAAGAGGACAUCAUCAAACUCAAGGCCAAGAAGAGGAGUCUGGAGAUGGAGCUGGAGGCAGUGGGAAACAAGCAUAAGCAGAUCUCGGAGAAGCUGCGAGACGCCCAGAACAGGAGGAAGGCUCAGAAGACGGAGCUGGACGUGAUAAACCACAUACGGGACGGUCGCAUCGCCGAGAUCAACGCUCUGCAGGGGGAGUUUGAGGAUAUCCAGAGGAAGCUGUCUCAGCUGACUCCAGAGCAGCAGAAACUGAAUGAUCGCCUCCGUAUCCUGAGUCUGAACAAUGUUCCCUCUACGACCAUGACGACGCUACAGCGGAGUGUGGCAGAGAAGGACCAGAGCUGCCGUAAGCUGAAGGAGCAGCUCACCGCUUUGGAGGAACAGACUGCAGCUAAACUGGCCGAUAUGGAUCGGUACAAGAAGGACAUCCAGUUUGAAGACAUGGAUGACUGUCUGCUUCAGACUCUCCUCUCUUUGCUGGGCUGUCUGAGUAAUCUCUUCUUCCUCCUUAAGGACCUGUUAGAAAGUCAGAAGAAACAACAGUCAGCACUGGAAAAACUACACAGCAUUAAGGAGGACAAACUCAGACAGCUUCGCAAACGCAAACAGGAGGAACUGGAGAGGAAGAGGAAGGAGGAGGAAGAACAAAGACGCAUCAAAAUGGAGAGGGAGCGUCAGUGGCAGGAGCAGCGGAGGCGUGAGGAGGAGGAGAAACAGAGGAGACUGCAGGAGGAGCGCGAGGAGGAAAGGAGGCAGGAGGAGCGGAGGAGAGCAGAGGAGGAGAGAAAGCGGAAAGAGGAGGAGCGGAGGAGAGCAGAGGAGGAGAGAAAGAAGUCGGCCGCUCUGACCACAUACAAAGCUCUUUACCCUUUCACUGCCCGCAACGACGAGGAACUCAGCUUCGAGGCCGACGAUCUGAUCGAGGUGGAUGAGACCGUGGAGCGCGAGGAGGGCUGGCUGUACGGCAGUCGACAGGGAAAGAUGGGCUGGUUCCCGGAGAGUUAUGUGGAAAGACAAGCCCAACCUGAGGCUGCCGCUUCUGUCUCCAAACUCGCCCUGAAACCACAACUAUCCAGCAAACCCAGCGAUGCUUCCGUGUCAACCGGAUCGGGUUCUGCCUUCACGCCCACCCAUGCUCCAAACUCCUCUUCCUCAGAACACACACAGGUGCUGGGGAACGUUCAGGCGCAGGCCCUGUGCUCCUGGACGGCGAAGACGGACAACCACCUGAACUUCUCCCAGGGGGACCUCAUCAACGUGCUGGAGCAGCAGGAGAACUGGUGGCUCGGGGAGCUGAACGGGAAACAGGGCUGGUUCCCCAAAACCUACGUCAACGUCCUCAACGGAAACGAGACAUCCACAGAUUCGCCAGAUGGAUUUGACGCAGCAGAAAGUUCUCAUCAAGAGGAGUACGUGGCGCUGUACACCUACGAGAGCCCGGAGCCCGGGGACCUGACCUUUAACGAGGGCGACGUCAUCCUGGUGACGGAGCGGGAGGGAGAGUGGUGGCGGGGCUGCAUCGGGGACAGGAACGGAGUCUUCCCCUCCAACUACGUCAAGCCCAAAGAGCCUGAGGUGUCCGGCAGCAAGCCUGGGAAGAAGCCUGAAAUCGCCCAGGUAACCACAGCCUACUCCUCUACGGGGACGGAGCAGCUGAACCUGGCACCCGGCCAACUCAUCCUCAUCAUCUCUAAGAACCACACAGGCUGGUGGCUGGGUGAACUACAGGCCAGGGGUAAGAAGCGGCAGAAGGGCUGGUUCCCUGCGUCUCAUGUCAAACUGCUCGGCUCCAACAGUGGGAAAUCCACCCCAGCACCACCGUCACCUCCCGUUCUCUCUCUCUCUCUCUUAGUUGGCCAGGUCACUGCUUUGUACGACUACAUGGCAGCCAACAAAGACGAGCUUACCUUCACACAGGGCGCAGUCAUCAACGUACUCGACAAAAGUGACCCUGAUUGGUGGAAGGGAGAGGUCAACGGGGUCACCGGCCUGUUCCCUACCAAUUACGUUACAGCUGGCUCCGACUCUGACCCCGGUCAGCAAUGGGGCUCUGCCCUGACCUCUCUGGAUUCGGUGAGCCCCCAGGAGAGGAAGCGCCAGGGCUACAUUCACGAACUGAUCGAGACGGAGGAACGCUACGUGGAAGACUUACAGCUGGUCCUGGACGUCUUCUAUAAGCCCAUGUCAGAGUCUGGACGCCUCUCUGAUGCAGAGAUGAAUUUGAUAUUUGUCAACUGGAGGGAACUCAUCCAGUCCAACACUAGGUUUCUAAAGGCCCUGCAUGCGCGGCAGAAGCAGAGCGGGGAAAAGAUGCCGGUGCAGUCCAUCGGGGACGUCCUGGCGUUCGAGCUGUCACACAUGCAGGCCUACGUCCAGUUCUGUAGUUACCAACUCGCCGCCGCCGCCCUGCUGCAGCAGAGAACUGAUCAAGAACCAGACUUUAAAAACUUCCUCAAGAAAAUUGCCACUGAUUAUCGUUGUAAAGGGAUGCCUCUAUCCAGCUUCUUACUCAAACCUAUGCAAAGAAUUACUCGCUACCCUCUACACAUCAAAAAUAUCCUGGAGAGUACUCCGGAGGGCCACGUGGACCACGCUCAGUUACGGAUGGCCCUGGAGAAGGCAGAGGACCUGUGCACGCAGGUCAACGAGGGCGUGAGGGAAAAGGAGAACUCUGAUAGGCUGGAGUGGCUCCAGAAUCACGUGCAGUGUGAGGGCCUGACUGAGAACCUGGUCUUCAACUCACUGACCCACUGCCUUGGUCCCCGUAAACUCUUGCACAGCGGGAAGCUCUAUAAGACUAAGAGCAAUAAGGAGCUGUACGCGUUCCUCUUCAACGACUUCCUGCUUCUAACAUACAGCGCCAAACAGUUCACCUCUUCAGGGAGCGACAAGCUGUUUAGCCCCAGGUCAAACACACAGCUCAAGAUGUACAAGUCGCCCGUGUUUCUCAACGAGGUGCUGGUGAAGCUGCCCGAUCCGUCCAGCGACGAGCCCGUCUUCCAGAUUUCCCACAUAGACCGAGUUUACACCCUCAAAACCGAGAACAUCAACGAGAGGACGUCGUGGGUGCAGAAGAUGAAAGCGGCCUCUGAAGAGUUCCUAGAGACUGAAAAGAAAAAGCGAGACAAAGCCUAUCAGGCACGUACAAUGCAGCCGAGCGCGAUUGGCCGCCUGCUUGUUACCGUCCAGGAAGCCACGGAACUGAAGUCCUCUAAACAAAAUGGAAAGGGUAACCCAUACUGUGAGGUGGCGAUGGGUGCCCAGUGUUACACGUCCAGGGUCAUUAACGACACCAGCAACCCCAAAUGGAACUUCAACUGUCAGUUCCACAUCAAAGACCUGUACCAGGAUGUCCUGAGCAUCGCCAUCUACGAGAAAGAGCAGUUCUCCCCUGACGAGUUUUUGGGACGCACAGAGGUCCCUGUUGCCACCAUAAAGAAGGAGCUGGAGAAUAAGGGUCCGGCUACGCGUAGAAUCCUCCUCCACGAGGUUUCCACGGGAGAGGUCUGGGUUCGACUAGACCUGCAGCUCUUUGACCACAAAGCCCCUUAAACACGGACUGGCUUCUCUCUCUCUCUCUGCACGGCUAGCUCACACACUCUGACACAACACUGAGUGUGUCCUCCUGAUCUUCCGCACACACACACACACACACACACACACACACAGAGUCACCUUGCCUUAAGAUAUACCCCACUACUGCAGAGCACAAAGCCAAACGUGCGGAUGGCUUCCACAGAUGCGUAUGGAAGACGUGUGGAAUGUCAUACCUGACUUUGCCAAGUGUCGCUGGCCGAGGCUGUUUUCGCACAGCGAGCAACAUGACCCAACGUGGAGCAAGCACAGGAAAGGCGAGGCCUUGCUCACAUAGUUUACCACUGGAUGUAGAAAAACCUCAGGAUUUUCUGUUUGUUUUGUUUUCUUUUGUUCCGUUUUGUUUUUUUGUUCCUUGACUGUCUGUAUUGCUGUUUUUGGAGGUUAUGUCUUUUUAUGGAAGCUGGUUUAGAUUUUUAGUUGAUGAGACUAUGAACUUGAAUCAAAAGCUAAAACACUAAAAACGGGACGGAAUAUCUUCUUUAAAACUGUUGUUUGCCUUACCAGUCUUCUAAAUGGUUACCUAUGAGUCAUAUUUUCCACCAGCGGCUUUGCCAUGAAGAAACGGAUUUUUGCACCUGCCGGUUGUGCCCUUGCCAUGUUUGAGCAGAUUCUUUUAAUCCAAGUCAUGUUUUAAUCCUUUUUUUUUUUUUUCCUUUCCGCUGAAGAACUCAACAGUGAGGUUUCCUAGUGGAUUAACACUGCUAUGUGAGGUACAAAUGAAUUGGUUGGCGAGGGGAUUUUUCCUUAAAGGUCAAAUCACUGUUGAUUUGUGUGUUCGACUGACUUUUAUUUAUUUUAAUUUAUGCGACUUUGACUAUCCAUGCGUUUUAAGCAGCUUUAUGUUCCUGGAUCUUUAUUAAUGUCAGGUCGUUUGCCUCCAAGCUGUCUGUAAACGAGCAGACAUUGCUUUACAUUAACUGCCUAAUGUGUUUGAUCGGUGCGCCCAGAGUGCAGACAGCGUUCAGUUCUCUCAGUACGUUACUUUAAUGUAGCUGCACAAACCGUUUUGUUUUUACUCGUCUGGAUUUAAACUAUACAUGUUGUAUGUGUGUGUGUGUGUGAGUUAUACUUAAGGCAUGUUUUCUUUGUUUGUAAAUUGGUGAAAUUGGUCUGAUCCUGGGUCUCUUUUUAUUUGCAAGACAGACCACCAAGUAUUCAACCUUUAGCUGCUUUAUCGCGAUGGAUUGGCGAAUUCAUCUACGAAGAGCGCGAGUAUGCAA